AAAAAGUAGCAAGCCGACAAGGAGGUUGUUGAGUUAAUUUAAAUUAAAAAGCAAUUUUAGAAACAUUUAACAUUGGUGAUAUUAUUAUUUAAUAAAGAAGUAUUAUAAAACAUUAUCUUCUAAAAUUAGAUUUUGAGAUAAAUUCGAAAAUUGACUAGAUACGAUGGCUGAAGCAGUAGAAGAAGUCCCAUUGUCACCGGAGGAAAUGUUGGCAGCUGGUCGCAGACACCUCGCAGUGAGGGACUAUACCUCAGCUGUGGAGACACUGGCCAAGGUCUGUGAGAAUCUGGCCAAGGCACAUGGAGACGUUGCUGAUGAGUGUGCCGAAGCUUACUUGUGGUAUGGAAAAGCCCUGCUAGGACUGUCGAGAGAAGAAAAUGGUGUACUUGGGGAUGGAGUGCCGGGAGGUAAUGAAGAAGAUAACGAAGAAGAGAAUGCAGAAGAUGACGCUGAAGAUGAUGGCGAAAGUGCAGACACAGAACAAAAUGGAGUUGUGGAGGAAAAAGAAGUUGAAGUAGACAAGAAAGAAGGUGAAGCAGACAAGAAAGAAGGUGAAGAAGACAAGAAAGAAGGCAAAGUAGAAGAGGAAAAGAAUGAACCUGAAUCAACCACAAAAGAAGAUGAACCCGGUGCUAGUACUGCAGAAGCCGAUGUAUCAAUGGCAGAAGAGAAACCAGGACCAUCAAACGGUGAAGCCGACGAGUCUAUUGCCAACUUGGACAAUGAAGAUGAUGUGGACAACUUACAAUUGGCCUGGGAGAUGCUAGAUCUGUCUCGCAGCAUCCUGCAGAAGCGCGCGGAGGCGGGCGCAGACGCGGCGCGCGCACUGCUCGCGGAGGUCCACCUUGCGCUCGGAGAAGUUGCUUUGGAAAGCGAGACGUAUGACAAGGCUGUCGUUGACAUGGUGAGCUGCCUGGAUAUACAGAAAGAGUUGUACAAGAGUGAUGAUCGACGUAUUGCUGAAACUCAUUAUCAUAUUGGCAUCGCCAACUCACUGGCAACCAACUUUGAGGAUGCGAUAACACAUUUCAAAAAUGCUGCGAACAUUCUGGAAACUCGCAUCAAAACCUUGGAAAACCCGAGCAGUGUUACAGACGAUGCAACUGUCAAGAAAUACUCCAACUCGGACCCGUUGUACACAGUGGAAGGGGAGAUUAAAGAGUUGAAGGAGCUGCUGCCGGAGAUACAGGAGAAGAUCCAGGAUAUGAUGGACUACAAGACAGAGACGAUAAAACGCGUACGCGAAUCUCUAUUCUCCAACGGCGAGUCGACAGUCUCCUCAGUGAACGGCGCCGGGUCGAGCAAGGCUGAACCCAAGCCAGCUGCCUCAGACAUCUCCCAUCUGAUCAAGAGGAAGAGGAAGAAUAGCACAGAGGAGUCGCCGGCACCCAAACGGGUUAACUCAUGAAUUAAAUUAAGUACUUAUUUGUUUUGUUGUAUGUGAAUUUUAAUUUUUGAUGAGUGUGUUAAGGACCCUUCAACGAUCAAACUUCAUCAAACCUGCUUGUGAAACAAUAUGAUUGUAUCUAUCAGCGGCGAAGAGUCCAAGCAAACCGAUUUCCGUCGGGUUAUCUUUUAAAAAUACCUCAGUGAUAUUUAAGCUAUAUAGAACGCAUCAAAACUGAGGCCUAUUAAACAACAACAGUUAUUUAAACAUCUAUUCUAAUAUUAUAAAGAGGAAAACUUUGUUUGUAUGUUUGUUUGUUUGUUGUUUGUUUAAUUGUAAUGAAUAGGCUCAAAAACUACUGGACCGAUUUAAAAAAUCUUUCACCAUUCGAAAGCUACAUUAUCCACAAGUAACAUAGGCUAGAGAGCUGUGAUAGCCCAGUGGAUAUGACCUCUGCCUCCAAUUCCGGAGGGUGUGGGUUCGAAUCCGGUCCGGGGCAUGCACCUCCAACUUUUCAGUUGUGUGCAUUUUAAGAAAUGAAAUAUCACGUGUCUCAAUCGGUGAAGGAAAACAUCGUGAGGAAACCUGCAUACCAGAGAAUUAUCUUAAUUCUCUGCGUGUGUGAAGUCUGCCAAUCCGCAUUGGGCCAGCGUGGUGGACUAAUUGGCCUAACCCCUCUCAUUCUGAAAGGAGACUCGAGCUCAGCAGUGAGCCGAAUAUGGGUUGAUGACGAACAUAGGCUAAAUUUUAUUUUGGAAAAAAAUAGGGUUCCGUGAGAUAUUCAGGUUUUUUUGAAGUGUAAAAAAUCAACCAGAAAAGUAGGGUAGGGGUAAGUAGGAAUAGAGUAGGGGUAGUUGAAAGUUUACAUCGAGUUUCACGCGGACGAAGUCGCGGGCGUCGGCUAUAUAAUAUAUAAAUAUUGUCUUCAAUGUCGAAAUGUGUGUUAAAAUGAAUAAUUUUUUAUAUGAUGAUGCAUAAAAAUAUAUAAUGUAAGUAAACAAGUAAUAUAAAUAAGUGGAAUCGCUAAAUUUGGAUCACUUAGUAUAAAACAAUAAUUGGAAUACCUACAUAGAUAUUCAUUGUUGUAAUGAAUAUGUAUGGAAAUAUGAGAAACCGGUGUUUGUAUCACGCUGUAUGAAUUUCCUUUUCCUUGGGCUUCAGCUUACUUUCAUUUAAAUGCCAUCCUUCGCCACUGGUAUCUACGUACUCGUAUGUAUUGUAUUCAACGAGAGGCUCUGUUUGAAGCGUUUGGAAAAUUCAAUUUUGAAAAUGCAAGUUUGCCAAAAAUGUUCGUUUUAUGAUGGAUCUUUAAUCGUUAACUGGGUGCCUUAGUUACAAUAUUGUAUUUCUUAGGUUAUUUAUUAAAAAUUAAAAUUGAAACUGAAAAGCCUCGAUUAUCUACACAUUUAACUGAGGGUUACUUGUUUUGAAGUAAUAGAAAUGUAAUAAAUAUAGAAAUAAAUUCUGGAAAGUUCUGGGAGUUUCAAGCAGCCCUAAAAACGACAUAGUCACGCCCAAUAAGCUAAGUUAGAGUCUGAAUGUGAACUAACUUAUGAUAAACCCUUUCCAGUGGGUAUUUUAUGAUGAAAUAUAGCCUAUGUUUCUCGCUGAUAAUCUAGCUCAUGGUAAAAUAUUUUUUAAAAUUGUAGUACGUUUUCGAAACAAACAAUAAAUCAGAAAUUGACUUUAAAUAAAUGAGCUUGAUUGAUAUUUCACUGUUUCGUCAGGAAUUCAAUUGUAAUGAUAAUAUUAUGAAUUCAAAGUCAAAUUAAUUUUAUAUAAUAAAUACUUAUAUAAAAUAUUAAUUUAUAUCGUCUAUAAAUAAUUCUUCUUAUAUAUAUAAAAACAAUUGCGAUAGAAUUUAAAAUCCAAUUCUUUUGCGCAAGCGAAAUUGUUUUUAAUGAAUAAAAUUUUGCGCUGUAAAAUAUUGAAAGAAAUCAACAGUGGCAGUAACAAGUUUAAUUUACAAUAAUUACUAUAAGGAUAAAUAGUUAAGGUUAGACGUAAGAUACUGAUUUUUCAUAAUAAUUUGUUUAAUAAACUAUCUUUUACUAUU